AUGCCCAAGAUCACAGUGAUAUCAGGUGGCACAGCCACUAAUGAGCUAACACCUUUAUUUUCAAACUUGUCCAAGAGCAACAAGACAUCAUACAUAUUGCCUAUAUCUGAUAAUGGAGGCUCCACGUCAGAAUUGAUUCGAGUCAUUGGGGGCCCGGCAAUAGGUGAUAUCAGAUCUAGAUUAACACGAUUGAUUCCAGAACAUCAGAAGCAUGUUAAAGAAUUGCUCAUGUUCAGACUAUCUCUGGAUCCACCAGUUGCUAAGCAGCAAUGGAAUGAGAUAGUAGAAGGGACGCAUGAGUUGUGGACUCCAAUAAGUUCAAGCACAAAGGAGAUAUUCCGAAGCUUUUUUGUGCAUCUCCAUGUCGAAUUAUUGAAAAGGUCAAGAAUACAUCAAUCAACAAAGAGGCAGUUUAGGUACGAGUUGGCAAGUGUGGGGAAUAUGUUUUUGACCGGUGUUCGCUUAUUCAUUGGAUCGUUGGACUCGUCGAUUGAACUUUUUUGUAAAUUGACUGAUAUCAACUCCAACAUUCAAGUUUUACCUUGCAUAAACACGAACUUCACAUACCACAUUAGUGCGUUGUUGGAGAAUGGGUUGAUCAUAACUGGGCAAUCGCAGAUAUCGCACCCAUCAACAUCGCAGGAAUACCCUCCUCCUAUACACAAAACGCGUCCACCGACGCCUUCCGAUGAUGCGCUGAGAACAAACUACUUUACAGAGGCCGAAGUGCCCAUCAAUGAAGUAGAAAUCAGCAAACAGUAUCAUCAGCGAAGAACAAGUAUAGAGUCAAAUGUGUCGACAUUUUCAGAUUCGGAAGAAGAGGAGUCUGGAAACGUCCCACAAUAUACACAUCCCGAGUUGAAAAAGUCACAGUUGCAUUUCAGUAAACUGGAAAGUAUAGAGCCCUUGUUAUCUCCAAUCAAGAGGAUAUUCUACGUCUCUCCUUAUGGUGAAGAAAUUUGCCCCAUCGCCAAUGGACGAGUCUCCUCAACUAUAACCAAUAGCGAUACUUUGAUAUAUUCGAUUGGCUCUUUGAUGACAAGCAUAGUUCCUGUCUUGGUAUUGAAAGGGGUAGGCAAAGCAAUUGCCACAGGCAAGUGUAAAAACAAAAUCUUACUAUUGAAUGGAUGUCUUGAUAGGGAGACAUUUGGUAUGACUGCUUAUGAUUUCGUAAAGGUGAUUGUUGAGUCAACGGAAUAUUCCUUGAGAAACCAAAACGUCGAAUUGGGACAGAUUUCGUGGAAUAAAGUGGUUACACACUUGAUUUACAUGUCAGAUCUGAAAAUUGAAGUAGAUGUAGGUUUAUUGAACUCACGUGGUAUUGAAUGUAUUGAGGUUCCAAAAAUCGAAAAUACCGACUAUUUUGAUUUGUUUUGUUUGGAGCAAGCGCUAGCUGAUAUUAUAUAA